AUGCCACCAAAGAAGGAGACCCCAAAGAAAUGGAAGCCCCCACAAGGGCCAAAACCUACUCAAAAAAAGAAUAAAAACAUCAUAGGUCUUGGUCAAGCUAUAAAAAAUGCGAGAACGAAAGAAAAUGCAAUCGAAUACCUUCCUGAUGGUGAAAUGCGUUUUACAGUUGAUAAACAUGAGGCAAGUUGGGUUAAGCUAAGGUCUAUUACACAGGAAUCUCCAUUGGAUGCAUUUUUAAGCACUGCAGAAUUGGCAGAUAAGGACUUCACGGCUGAUAGAUAUUCAAAUGUUAAAAUUAUUCGUAUGGAUGCUGGAGUGGAUGAUGCGAACUCACUUGGUUUCACGCUGAAUAAUGAACAAAGAAAUAAGGCUAGCGAGAAACAAAGGGCGCAUGCGAAAGAUUUAAUCGUGCCAAGGAGGCCACAUUGGGAUCAGAAUAUGACUUCAUUUGAAUUAGAAAAGCUUGAAAAAGAUGCCUUUUUAACCUGGAGAAGAAAACUAGCUGAUUUACAAGAAAGCAACGAUGAUUUGCUUUUGACUCCAUUUGAACGGAAUAUUGAAGUUUGGAGGCAAUUAUGGAGAGUUAUCGAACGUUCUGAUUUAGUUGUUCAAAUUGUAGAUGCCAGAGACCCGUUAUUGUUCAGGUCGGUGGACCUAGAGAGAUACGUCAAGGAACUCGAUGAGAGAAAGCAAAACCUACUGCUAGUUAAUAAGGCAGACUUGUUAACGCUUAAACAACGUAUAACUUGGGCCAAGUACUUUAUGAAGAAGAACAUAUCUUUUACAUUUUUUUCUGCACGUAGAGCAAAUGAACUACUAGAAAUGCAAAAGGAGCAUGGAGAGGAUUAUCAACAUAUAGGUCACGAAGAAGAGGUAGAGCAGGGUGCUGUUGAUCAGGAAAUUUUGGACAAAAUCAAGAUUUUGGGUGCUGAUCAGCUAGAAAAGCUAUUCUUAUCCCGAGCUCCCGCGGAACCAUUGACUCCACCUCGUCCAGGCCAGGAGCCCAUGUUUCAAAUCGGUCUAACUGGUUAUCCUAAUGUAGGUAAGUCAUCCACUAUUAAUGCUUUAUUUGGGGCUAAAAAAGUAUCUGUCUCAUCAACCCCUGGUAAGACGAAGCAUUUCCAGACGAUUAAGUUAUCCGAUAGUGUAAUGCUUUGCGAUUGUCCUGGUCUAGUUUUUCCAAAUUUUGCGUACAGCAAAGGUGAACUUGUAUGUAACGGUGUUUUACCAAUCGAUCAACUACGUGAAUUUGUGGGACCAUGUGCUUUAGUUACUGAGAGAAUUCCAAAGUACUUCCUAGAGGCUAUUUAUGGUAUUCACAUAGAAACAAAAGCUAUAGAAGAAGGUGGUAGCGGAAUCCCAACCGCACAAGAGCUACUGGUUGCAUAUGCUAGAGCCCGUGGUUAUAUGACUCAAGGUUUCGGUAGUGCUGAUCAGUCUCGUGCAUCCCGUUACAUAUUAAAGGACUAUGUUAAUGGUAAAUUGUUGUACGUUAAUCCUCCGUACCACCUGGAAGACGACACACCUUACACUAUGGAAGAAUGUCGAGAGUUCAACAAGGAAUUAUAUGUAUUUGAAAAUUUGCCAGAAAGUAGGAAGGAACAAUUGCUAGAUGCUGCCAAGAAGAAGGGAAUUGAGGUUCUGGAUCUAGCCCGUGAUUUGAGCAUGUUAACAUUCUCUUCGCACAUUGGUGGGGAUGGUGACAAAGUGGAGGCAAAAUCCGUUACUCAUGGAGGUAAGCAGGCUGCUUUGUACAACGCUACCAGUGAACUUGAUCGUGAUUUUUUCAAGAUGAGCAAGGUUCAAGGCCAAUUGACUAACCCUUUUCACAAGUCACAGCAACAAAGUCAUAGUAACAAAAAACAUAAUAACAAAAAUAAGAAGGCAAAGAAGAAGGCUGCAAUGGCAAGCGAUUAA